AUGAAGAGAGAAUUGACGUUAGCACUUCCUCUGCUCAUCCUCUUCUCAUGCUGCCUCGUAUUUCUUAACCUCCGAAGCCCUUUUGAUCGUCUUCCGCUAUGGUCUCAUUCUCAUUUCUACCCCGGCGACACCCUCCAACGUUGUGAUUAUUCCAACGGACGCUGGGUUUGGGACGAAGCUUCCUCGCCUUCUCGUUCUUACAAUGAAAGCUGUCCAUUUCUGGAUCCUGGCUUCCGCUGCCGCCUUAACCGUCGACCCGACGAAACUUUCCGGCGUUGGCGGUGGCAACCUCACGCCUGCCACCUCCCCCGAUUCAAUGCCACGGACCUUCUGGAGAGAAGUCGGGAUGGACGCAUUGUGUUUGCGGGUGAUUCAAUGGGGAGAAACCAGUGGGAAUCAUUACUGUGCAUGCUAGUUUCAGCAGUGUCUAAUGCAUCCACAAUCUAUGAGGUGAAAGGCAAGUCCAUAAACAAACACAAGGGUUACUUUUCCAUGCGAUUCCAAGAAUUCAACUUGACAGUCGAGUAUUACAGGACGCCAUUCUUGUCCCUCUUAGCCUCUCCGCCUCCCACUUCACCCCAUCGAGUUCAAAAGGUCAUUCGCCUCGACAAGUUGCACUGGUAUUCCAAUAUGUGGGUUGGAGCAGAUGUCCUUGUUUUCAAUUCUGCCCACUGGUGGAACCCUGAUAAAACCACUAACUUGGGAUGCUAUUUUCAAGAAGGGGCCAACGUAAACAUGAGUAUGGAUGUGAAGGAAGCGUUUAGGAGAUCGUUACAGACAUGGAAAUCUUGGGCAUUGAAUAGUUUGGAUCCUGACAAAAGCUUCAUUUUCUUCCGCAGCUUUUCCCCUGUACAUUACAGGGGUGGCAAAUGGAAUGAAGGGGGAGGUUGCGACAACGAAACAGAACCAGAGAAGGACCUGACGAGAAUUGAAACAGAACCAUGUAGCAGUGACAUUGUCAUAUCUGAGGUUGUGAAACAGAUGGAUUAUGGGAAGUGGAAAGUGCAUUUUCUGAACAUCACGAAUCUGUCAGAGAUAAGGAAAGAUGGCCAUCCUUCAAAGUACAGGGAAGAAGGCACUCCACCUGGCGCUCCACAGGACUGCAGCCACUGGUGCUUACCUGGAGUGCCUGACACGUGGAAUGAACUUCUCUAUGCACAACUCAUCUCCAAGCAAUUUGGAAUCAGCACAAGAACACAGAAAGAGGAAAACAUAACCAAGUACUCUAGCUAGCAGAUAGACCUGUCACUUUGCAAAGAAUGUGCACAGAAUUUGCAUACCUGAACGUAGUGGACUCUUCCAGAAACAAGAUAUGCUGUAUGGCUUAUUGAUUUGGUCAAGGAUGGAACAUUUACGUUGGAGCAAAAGUGAUGAAGUACAUUACAGAACUUAGCUGGUGCAUAAAUGUGAAUUACUGCAGAUAAGGCUGCAUUGGAAGCUGCACAAUAACCAAUGAAAAGGAUUGAUAUUUAUCUGGAGAAUUGAUUGCAUUUCUUCACCACAUCUUGAAGUAGAUGAUAUGCCAGACAAACAGUGUAGCUUUUGCAGGCAAUCUGUACGUUGUUGGUCACUACCUGCACAACAGUGA